UAAAUAUUUUCAACAAUGCAUCAUAAUUUUAGCCUAAUUUUUUAUCUCCCAAGGUUUUAAUAAAGAGCGAACCUGAACGGCGGAAGUCGUCGGCGAAAGCGGAAGCGGAAAAACUCAAAUCUGUCUCCAACUGGUCCUGUCCGCCGUUUAAAACAACUCUCCCUCUCUCUCCUUUCAUCUCAUCCAAAUCACCUCCUCCUCAGUAGCUCUGAUCCUCUCUCUCGUAUCAUUCUCCGCGGAAUUUCUUGAAGCUCUCUUGUUGUGAUUGAAGCCUCUUCUUAACAAAGCUCAGGGAAAAAUGGAAAUUAAGUAUGUGGAUAAUCCCUUCAGUGAAUUUGCAUAUAAGAAAAAUGAAUUGAUGGAGGAGCAUCCUAGAAGGGUGUCUCCUUAUUUUCAAAACAAAUGUCGACUCCGAACAUUUGAAAGAACUGAACAUUUGAACGAUUAUUGUUGUUCUAGGAAGGUGUCUCCUUAUUUUCGGAAAGUUGUAGAGUCUAGACCAAUGAAGGUGUCUCCUUAUUUUCAUAAAGUUGAAGAGUCUAAACCGAAGAAGUUGUCUCCUUAUUUUCCGAAAGUUGAAGAGUCUAAACCAAAGAAGUUGUCUCCUUAUUUUCCGAAAGUUGAAGAGUCUAAACCAAAGAAGUUGUCUCCUUAUUUUCCGAAAGUUGAAGAGUCUAAACCGAAGAAGUUGUCUCCUUAUUUUCCGAAAGUUGAAGAGUCUAAACCAAAGAAGUUGUCUCCUUAUUUUCCGAAAGUUGAAGAGUCUAAACCGAAGAAGUUGUCUCCUUAUUUUCAAAAGAAUUCUAGCAUAACUGAAAGUUUGAAAGCAGAUGAUUCCAAAUACUCUCAAACGAGACUUAUAGUUGAAAAGCGUAAAAGGAAAUCCAAAAAUAGUGGUAAAAAAACUAAACCUUUAACAAAGGCUGAGAGAUUUAAGGAGGCUUACAAAAGAAAAACUCCGGAUAAUAAUUGGCUGCCUCCACGUUCUCACUGGAAUCUCAUUCAAGAGGAUCAUUUCCAUGAUCCAUGGAGGGUGCUAGUUAUUUGUAUGCUACUAAACGUCACUACUGGUAAUCAGGCAAAAAAAAUUCUAGCCAACUUUUUCGAGUUAUGUCCAGAUGCAGAAACUUGUAUUCAAGUCCCAAGAGAGGAAAUACAAGAGAUAAUAAGGUCAUUAGGUCUUCAUGCGAAUAGGUCAAAAAGUUUGCAACGCCUUUCUCGUGAGUACUUAGCCGAGACAUGGACCCAUGUGACUGAACUGCAUGGUGUCGGCAGGUAUGCGGCAGAUGCAUAUGCUAUAUUUUGUACAGGAAAGUGGGAUGAAGUGAGACCACACGAUCACAUGCUGAACAACUAUUGGUAUUUCCUUCGUACUAUAAAGCAUACGUUGUGAAUUUCACAAGAUUACUAGUGUAUUUAUCUAAACUCAGGUUGGUCAUUAUAUUAUAUAGUAUGGUGUUUUUUUUUUGACAAAAUUCCAAAAUGGAUAGUCAAGCUAUUGUAUUUUUAUUGUUCCUUGUAUAUGGCUCAGUAAAAACUCUAACCUAUGAGGUGACUUUUCUUUUGAACACCAAUAUGACUCUCAUCUGUCUUUUUUUUGUUUUCCUGUUUCCAUGUUGCAAAUAAAAAAUCUGAAAUUUUCCUA